UAGCAAAUCAUUUCCUUGUUUCCUGUUUACAUCAUAACCAUGUGUAUACCCAACCAACUUUAUCACUCUAUGUUGGAAGAGCUGUGAUUUCAGGUGAAUUCCUGAGCCUGCGUGCCUCUGUGGGUCCUAUCAGGGAAUAUGGAUGGAGGACUUCCUUGUAACAGCAGGGAGGAGACUCUUGAGGAGGCCUGUUUCACUCACUCUUAUUUCCCUGUUUGCAGAGUGAGGACUGGAAGGGCAGCAGGCACUGAGCUGGACACUGACUGAACUCUCACCGGCCUUUUGUUCAGGAGCAAAAGAAUGCUUUACACUGAGUUACUGCGGUUAUGGGACGAGGCGGUGCAGGCAGCAGACGCCAAGGACUGGGAGGGGGCUCUGUCCAAACUGGAGCAGAUCAGUGAACCCAAUUCUCGCAUUACGUUCAACACUGCCUCAGCUCACCUGGUCCUGGGACAGCUGGACCUGGCCCUGCAGGCCUUAGACCUCACCAUUGCCAAGGAUGAACGUCUUGCUGUUGGUUUCUUCCAGAGAGCAGCAGUGAUGAUGCAGAUCAACAGGCUGGAAGAGGCUCUGUCAGACUGUAUCUGGGCACAGAAGCAUAUGAGAGGAAACAUGGUCAUUGACUACAGACAGCUGGGACUGCGAUUCAAACUCUACAGCUGGCAGGUAUUAUAUAAUGCAGCAGCUGUGUACUGUCGGAUGGGCCAGUGGGAGCGGGCCAGGGAGGUCCUGCUGUCAGCCUCCCAGGAGAGAGGAGGAGGGCGAGGGGGACAAUUAGAGGCAGCUUUGGACAGUGUCCUGAGGGGAGAGGUCCUGGCCCCUCUCCAGGUGCCCGAGAACGUGGUGUUUCGUCCCAGUAAACAAGAUGUGGAGCAGCUGAAGCAAAGAGACUUCCUGGGCAAAGCAAAGGUGAUUUCCUCCAUGAUUCCCAAUGAUGAUUUUGGAGGCUUUGAACCUCUGAGGAUGCAAAAACCUGGUUUCUAUGAGCCCAAGAUGGAUGGAGCUCAGGAGUCUCGAUACAUGCGCAUGCGGACCCCAUACAUGGCUCGAGGCGAGGGACAGCUGACUGUGCCAGGUGGGGCAAUGGUGUUCUUAUUUGGCGAUGAGGACAGGGAUGGGAUGGCAACUGUCAUAUAUGAUGGACAGAGAGGACUUCUGCCAGUGUCCCUGCUUGAGCCUGCAGAUGUCAAGACGUCCAAAGGCAAAAAGGAGAAUAGAGUUCCCAGUGGGAUACCUCUCCCACCGGGACUCAAGCCACCCACUCGGCCACAGGCCCAGCCCAGCCCUGCUCCUCCUCGAGUACGUGUUACCUCAGACACUCCACCUCCAUCCUACACUACUGCCACCCACGCUCCACUGCCUGCCUCAGAGCCUCCCAAGUACACAGCCAACGCAGCCAGUGACCAGCAGCAUACAGUCCGGCCCCGACCCUCUCCUCUGCGCUCCCGUGGUGGGAAUGUGAUGGAUGAUGGUGAAGCUCAGGGAGCAGAGGCGUCCUCUGUGGUGGUGAAAGUCCACUACACGUACACUGUGGCUCUGUCUGUCCCUCUGGACAUACCGCACAAUGAACUGAAGGAACGCAUUGCAAAGAAAUUGGGCCAGCCAGCAUCUCAGCUGCGCCUCAGACAUAGGCAGCAUGGCUCCCAGGUGCUGAUACCUCUGGGUGGGGAGGGGGAGCCAGGCCAUACCAUGCAAGAGGUAGCUGAGGCUGGCAGAGCCACCCUGUGGUGCCAGACAGAAGACCCCCUGGCCAACCGUCCCAUCCUCUAUCAGAUGGUGGCGCUCUAUGACUAUACUGCUCAGGGCUCAGAGGACCUGGAGUUCAGUGAGGGAGACACGAUCGACAUCCUGGGCGAAGUUAAUGAGGAGUGGCUGGAGGGACACAACGCAGGAAAUAUUGGCAUCUUCCCCAGCUGCUUUGCCUACAGGGAGAACGUCAACAUCACCCAGAGCUCUGAGUUAUAAAGGCAGACGUGUUACUGUGCUGUCAUCUCUCAUAAACCUAUUAACCUGAGAAUGGUAGCAGUUCACAGCCUCAGAAUAAACAAGUAACACCAUUACAAUGUAAUCCCUAUUGACUUUUCAUGCUUUACAAAUAUUUCCUUUUCAUAUGGUAUUACAGUAAUGUUGCUAGGUGUACAUUUAUGAUACUAAGAUUGUAAACCUGCUGUACUUUUCCUGUUUUCAGUAUCCUAUGGUAUCACUGUUAUAUUCCCACUGUAUCCUAUAAUAUUUAAAUGAUGUUUACACUGACAUUAUUGAGCUUUAUUACAUUUUUAUCAAAUGUGGCACCAGCAGUAUGCUCUUGUAAUGUUUAUACGCAGUUAUAAUGGUCCUGGUCUUACUGUGUAAAAGUCACUGAUUAAAAAUGUUAUGCAAAAUUUACUGAAAUAAGAUACAGAAAUGUGUGUGUGUUUUUUUUUUUUUUUUUACUAAUUCCUUUAAUUAAGCUCAAAAUGUUGCCAUGAAUAAAGCGGGAAAA